AAUUCGCUCUUAACAGUAGGCCAAAACAAAUAAAUAAAAAAAAUAAAUAAAUAAAGAAAAAAUAAUAAUAAACGAAAGAAUUUCGCUCUUAUCACGCAAUUCGACUAUUCAUUUUCGAAAACCUCAAAUUUGCCGUGUUUCCUUCGGAAAAAAAUUAGCCAUCUUUCGCUUUAGCCACCUCCAUCUCCACCACCACCACCACCACCACCACCAUCUCCGUUCAUAUCCCCUUCUCUCUCGUUAUCUCCAUCUCUCCCUGGCUAUGAAACCUUGACAUCCUUUAUACACUCUUUUCUCGAAAGCUACAUCUCAAAAGCAAGAAAAACAGAGCAGCCCAAGAAUAAACGCUUCCCUAGGAUAGCUCUUACACACAUAUCCACCUGUUUUUUCUUCACAUAUACGUCUCUUUUCUUCUUUCCUUAUCUGGGUUUGCUUCACAGCCAGCUGGAUUGAAAGCUCUCCUUCUCUUUCUUUGUUGGGUUCAUUUCAAAACCAGUACUUGCAGAGAACAGAGCCUCUGCUCUGCUACCUUGUGAUCCCAUAAACUGUAAAAGAUAAAGAAAAAAAAAAGUUUUGGAAGAUGGUGCACUACCAUCGUUACAAUCAGUGGAGGAAAGGUGAACAUGCGGAAGAAGAUGAAGGUCUUGCUUUGGUCUGUAUAAACUCUGGUUUCUACAAGAGAAAAAGACCGAAGCUUGUUUCUCUUCUGCUUCUUUCUCUUCUCUCUUGUUCCCUUAUUUUGUUGCCUCACCUGUUUUGCUCUUCCUCUGCUUUCUCUCUCUUGUAUUCAUUUGUUGCAGAAACUGAUGAUAGGGUUAUUGUUGAUAUGGAUGUAAAUGCUCCUUUGUGUUCUUCAAUUUCUAACGGAACCAUAUGCUGUGACAGGAGCAGUUUUCGUUCGGACAUCUGUAUUAUGAAAGGAGAUGUAAGAACACAAUCUGCUUCUUCUUCAAUCUUCCUCUACACCUCAAGCAAUAGCAGUAAAUCAAUUAAAGAAGAUGAAGAAUUCCACCAUGAAAAGAUCAAACCAUACACUAGAAAAUGGGAAACAAGUGUUAUGGACACAAUUGAUCAAUUAGAUCUCAUAUCAAAGCAUGAAAAAUCUGCAACUCACCACCAAUGUGAUGUCACACAUCAUGUCCCGGCCGUGGUCUUUUCGACAGGAGGCUACACUGGUAAUGUUUAUCAUGAAUUCAAUGAUGGGAUUUUGCCAUUGUACAUUACAUCUCAGCAUUUGAACAAGAAGGUUGUUUUUGUUAUGCUUGAGUAUCAUACUUGGUGGAUAAUGAAGUAUGGAGAUAUUCUUUCGCGUCUUUCGGAUUAUCCUGCUAUAGAUUUUAGUGGAGAUAAGAGAAAUCAUUGCUUCCCUGAAGUCAUUGUUGGUCUUAGAAUCCAUAAUGAACUCACUAUUGAUCCAUCUUUGAUGCAAGAGAAUAAGAGUAUUGUCGACUUUCGUAAUCUCCUAGACAAGGCCUAUUGGCCGCGAAUUAGAGGUUUGAUUCAAAAGGAAGAACUAGAAGCUUUAUCCCCUUCAUCAGGAACCUUGUUAGAGUUCCGAAAGGAUGUGCAAGAAGCAAAAAUGAAGAAGCCUAAAUUGGUUAUUUUAUCUCGAAACGCGUCGAGAGCAAUAACUAAUGAAGAUUUGUUAGUGAAAAUGGCUGUAAGGAUUGGAUUCAGAGUUGAAGUUUUGAGGCCUGAUCGGACAACAGAACUCGCAAAGAUAUAUCGUUCGCUAAAUUCAAGUGAAGUUAUGAUUGGUGUUCAUGGUGCUGCUAUGACUCAUUUUCUGUUUAUGAAGCCUGGUUCUGUGUUCAUCCAAGUGAUUCCUCUUGGAACAGAAUGGGCUGCAGAGACUUAUUAUGGAGACCCAGCUAAGAAACUUGGAUUGAAAUACAUUGGCUACCAAAUUAUGCCUAGAGAGAGCUCAUUGUUUGAGAAAUAUGAUAAAAAUGAUCCUGUUCUUCAAGACCCAAGAAGCAUAUCCGAGAAAGGCUGGGAAUACACCAAGAAAAUUUAUCUUGACAGCCAGAAUGUGAGGUUAAAUCUUGCAAGAUUUCAAAAAAGGUUAGUUCGUGCCUAUCAACAUUGCAAGAAAAUGGAUACCCUUCAUCACCAUUCUCACUAAUGCAUCUCUUCCACCAUUUCUUAUAGGCCGAAUAUAUCAUUUGGCUCUGAAUUUUACACACAAAAGCUCAGUUGGCACCUGAUUUUUUCAUUGUUACACUGUAAUUAUUUAACCCUAUGCACGAUCGCGAUCGAAAUAAUGCCAAUUGAAAUUUUGUAAGAAAGUCAGGAUCAAAUUAUAUAUUUGGGGAUUUGUUAAAUUGGGAUUUCUUACCAUUUAUUAUUGAUUGA